AUGUUGUCUGUAAUAAUGGCGUCACUUAAGGCUCUCCUAUCUGCACCUUUCCAUCAAUUCAUCCACAAAGACUUCCAUGAAGCAGUUGCUAAGAUGACUCUCACAGAUGCUUCCCUCUUCCUUAUUGUGCACUCCAUUGACAAGUCGGGCAUAUGGCCCCGGUUACCAGUGAUCUUUGGUAUCUUGUAUCUGGCUAUUCGCCGGCACCUUCACAAUAAGUACAACUUGCUCAACGUCGGUAGAUCUCCGGUCGGCGUUCGGUUUAACCCCGUGGAUCAUCCAUUCAGGACAGCUGAUGGAGAAUUUAAUGAUCCCUUCAAUGAAGGUGCAGGCAGCGAAGGAUCUUUCUUCGGCAGAAAUGUUCUGCCCGUUGAUCAAAAGGAUAAGCUAUUGAAACCAGAUCCUGUGGUGGUGGCCACAAAACUUCUUGCUCGAAGAAAAUUCAAAGACACAGGAAAACAAUUCAACAUGAUAGCAGCUUCUUGGAUUCAAUUUAUGAUACAUGAUUGGAUAGAUCACUUGGAGGAUACCAAGCAGAUUGAGUUGACUGCACCUAAAGAAGUUGCAAACCAGUGUCCCCUUAAGUCUUUCAAGUUCUACAAGACAAAGGAGGUUCCAACGAGCUUUCACGAGAUCCAGACUGGUGCACUAAACAUUCGUACACCAUGGUGGGAUGGAAGUGUUAUAUAUGGGAGCAAUGCAGAAACAUUGCAAAAAGUGAGAACUUUCAAAGAUGGAAAGCUCAAAAUAUCAUCUGAUGGCCUUCUUCUUCAUGACCAAGAUGGCAUUGCUGUGUCAGGAGACGUUCGUAAUAGUUGGAUUGGCGUUUCGACAUUGCAGGCACUCUUCAUUAAGGAACACAAUGCAGUUUGUGACUCUCUUAAGAAAGAAUAUCCGCACUUAGAUGAUGAAGAAUUGUAUCGUCAUGCAAAGCUAGUGACAUCUGCAGUGAUUGCUAAGAUCCAUACCAUAGAUUGGACAGUGGAGCUCCUCAAAACUGAUACAAUGAUUGCAGGGAUGCGCAACAACUGGUAUGGAUUAUUGGGAAAGAAAUUCAAGGACACAUUUGGGCAUGUUGGAGGAGCCAUCUUGGGAGGUUUGGUGGGUCUAAAAAAACCUAAUAAUCAUGGUGUUCCUUAUUCAUUAACUGAAGAGUUUGUUAGUGUUUAUCGAAUGCACUCACUUCUACCUGAUUAUUUAGACCUUAGGGACAUUUUGGCUACACCAGGACCCAACAAAUCUCCACCGUUGAGCGAAAGGAUUCCUAUGCCAAAUUUGAUUGGUCACAAGGGAGAACUGGCCUUGGCAGAUAUUGGGUUCUCAAAGCAAAUAGUCUCUAUGGGCCACCAAGCUUCUGGGGCCCUAGAGCUUUGGAACUACCCUAUGUGGCUUAGGGACAUUAUCCCACAAAACGUGGAUGGCCAAGAUAGGCCUGAUCAUGUGGACCUACCAGCUCUUGAAGUCUAUAGGGACAGGGAAAGGAAAGUCGCAAGGUAUAAUGAAUUUCGUAGGGCCCUACUAUUGAUACCUAUUUCGAAAUGGCAAGAUUUGACAGAUGACGAUGAAGCUGUUCGAGUGCUUGAAGAAGUGUACGGUCAUGAUGUUGAAGAGCUUGACUUGCUUGUGGGUCUCAUGGCAGAGAAGAAAACUAAAGGAUUUGCCAUUAGCCAGACAGCUUUUGUAAUAUUCUUAACAAUGGCAAGCAGGAGGCUGGAGGCAGAUAGGUUCUUCACAAGCAACUUCAAUGAGGAAACAUACACGAAAAAAGGAUUUGAAUGGGUUAAUAACACAGAGAGCUUGAAGGAUGUACUUAGCCGUCAUUACCCAGAAUUGGUGAAGAAAUGGAUGAACUCUACAAGUGCUUUCUCGGUGUGGGAUUCACCUCCAAAUUCUCACAAUCCAAUUCCACUCCUCCUUCGUGUUCCUCAAUGA